CUGAGUAGGUCCCUAAGGAGAUGACAAUACUGCAUGAUCUGCAUGCGUUUACACGCGGACAUGUCUGGCCGAGGCUAAAUGGCAUACACCGCUUACUUUAUACUCAACACUUUUCAGGUGCAAGUGCACGUCCCCGGCCUAGUGCUACCAAUGCAGCCAAACUGUAUAUGACGUUUAAUAACUUCCACAGGAAUAUCGUUGACUUCUGAAAUAGAUAAGGGAGAAAUGCACUAAACGUGUGGUCGAUGUCGAACUCAUCAUUGUCUUUACGUGACGACAAGGAGGUCGAUUAGGUCUUUAACUUGGCCUUCGAUAAGGUCGAUGACCAUGGAUCUAUUUCGGAGUAGGCAGCUCAUGCCCAAGCUUUUGGUGGUGAUAUCGGGUUUGAUCUUCUUGUAUUGUGUGUUCGUGUUGAAACCGGCACCAAGAACUCGACCGCCAACCACAGGAGAACCCGUGGAUUGGCAGCAUCUACCCCCUAAGCCUCAGUUCCCAAAACACGAACCCAUCCCGCUCCCUUCUCCCACACCAGUCUCCCCCGGAAUGAUCAACCGUUUCAACCAGGGCCUCGACCCGGCGCUCUUCACGACAAACCGGACCAUCGAUGACGAGCAUACGCGGGACCGGUUGUACCGCCAGCUCCAGAUCGUGACCGCGUUCUCUCAGAACCAUUACAAGGAGGCGUUGGGUCUGAUUGGGACGGUCCAGAAAGAGAUGCCGGAUAAAAAGCUCUUGAUUUACGAUCUAGGGAUUGAUCCAGAUACAAGAUUCAAGGUUAAGAAGCUGUGUCAUGUUGAGUUGAGGAGUUUUCCUUUCGAUGAGUACCCACCACAUGUCAAGGAUCUGCACACAUACGCCUGGAAAGUCAUCAUCAUAAAUACGACUCUGCACGAAUUCGGUUCUAUAUUCUGGGCGGACUCUUCUAUUCGCUUCAAGACAUCGUUACGUCAUCUCAUCCCCUACGUCACACGUCACCAUGGAUACAUGACACAUUUUCACUCAUUCGAUCCCCGUGGAACCCAAGACACGCCAAAGGGCCACAUUUAUUACUUCACCUAUCCAAAAAUGUUUCUCGCUCUAGGAAUCAAACGAACUGACUAUUUUGCGUCACGGAAUGUUCCCCCGCAUGCGUCAGCGAACAGACAAAUCUUUAUCGGGAAUCCCCUUUUGCAGACAAAGUUGGUUGACCCUUAUUGCGAUGCGCUUAUGAUGGUCAAUAAUACGUUCUUCAAGACGAUGCUAAGAUAG